CGGGAGAGUGGGGUCUGCACUUGUUCCUCAUAGCGGGAGUGUGAGCUCUACAAUGAAGAUCUGGGGGUACUGUAACAAGGUUGUCAGAUGCAAGUGUUGCCCAGCUAUGCCGCUGAAGUCUUCGUGGUGCCAUGGAUUUUAGAUUGACAUUACAAGCAUGCAAAUGGCAUGCCCGGCGUGUGCCUGGAUCCGUCAAUCUCCCAGCAUGACAUCAAGCCCAUAUCUGGGGCAGGGCACUGUGUGCAAAACUGUUGCCAGCAGUUGUCGGAAGCAGCAGUUGCAUUUGCAGCUUUAGGUUUGACUUUGUGCCGUGCCUUUGGGCCCCUCGGAUUUUGAUUUCGGUGUUCACAAUCGACAUGGGACCGAGGCAAUGAACUGAAACUAGGGCUCCCAGCCAGCAAACUAGGGAUGCUCAUCCACUCUGUUUGCCGUAUGUAUUGGGGACUAAGAAGCAUCUAGAAAGAUUGGAUCGUAGAGCAUGCAAGCACGUCGGGGACCCUUGUUGUUGUUAUGUGUGCGCGAAGGUCUGAGGAGUGGUCGGGGAAUCAUGCCUGAAGUGGUAUUGCAUACUUGGAGGUUGCAUCCGGACGCGUGAAGUCAAAAGCUUUUUGGCAAUAGCUAGCUCCACGUCAAUAGCUUGCUCUGCUUAAUUAUGGGGGACCCUUUGAUGAACACGACCGGGGAGACAAAUCAGGGGAGCAGCUGCUGUUCCGAUGACGGACUGGCUUGGUGUUCUUGGUGCUUGCAUCGGACACGGCAUGACAAGUUUUCCAGGAGGAGGACAAACCACCAUGUGUGCAGCAACUGCCACCGUACGACGGUACCUUGCCACGUGCACCUUGAAAACGGUGGAAGCCCGUGUUUGAACAUGGCACGAGCUGCCAGGAGUCCCCGAGUCUGGAAUAGGUAUUCUGUCGGGUACACGUCUGGCGAGGGAAGUGGGUAUGCCGCCGUUGACGACAGAUACUGUGCAGUGCAUAGUGGGAAGAUACCUUCGUUUGCAUCUCUGGGUGGUGAAAUCGACAGCAUCCACAAAUUCUUACACCUGUUCAAUUCCGAAGAGAGAUCAGGUUUCACCGAUCAGGGACAGUCUUCUCGUGAUCCAGGCACGGAACCUGGUCUACCAGCACUGGCAAAUCGACCGUCUGAUCCACGCCCCGAUGCGACAAAUGACAUGUUUAACAGCGCAUCACCGAGGGAAAUGGGAUCAUCUUCUCGCAAUAACGACAGUAUGCUUGUGAACAUGCAUUGCAAUGACCGUAACGAGGUGAGCACAGUGAGGAGCUAUAAUAAUCCUGGGAGCCUGACGCCGACACCGUCACCGUCACUGCCGCAGGUCUUUGCAGCCACCGCUCUAGAUAUGGUAAUGAACGUUGUUGCCUCUAGCGUGAAAUUGGUUGCAGAUAUUGCCCAAGAGAAGCUAGGCCCCGUUUGCAACUGCCUGGAGGAGCCGUUGCCAAAGAACGCACAGGAGGAGGCAUCCCUCAUGCAAAAGGUGAGCAGCGCUCUUGGCUCGCCACUCGGCGGCAAGCUCUCCUAUGCGCUCUGGUCGAAGCUCCAAAAUGCUGAUGUUUUUGAGUUGUUUGCAGGUGUAAGGAAUGCGCCGGAUGUGAUAUUCAUCAAUGGGUUUAUGUCAUCGAAUAAUCGUGCUUCCGCGGCUCUGGACUGGGGUGUCCGUGUUGCCGAGUUUUAUGAACACAGCGCGCAGUUCCUCUAUGCGUGGAAGAGCGAGAACUUUGCGUUGGAAGAAGAAACAAGAGUGGCAGAGCAUGUGCCUUCCCACACGGGCACAGCGAGGUCGGCAGCGAUUGUUGAGAGGGCGACGAUGGCCUUAAGAUCAGGCUCAGAUCUAGUGGCCGGCAAUCAGGGGGGUAAUCGAAGUCGAUAUGGAUCAAGUCCGCAAGAUGCGCUGAUCGCGCGGGCCGGGCAAGCGUUGGCAAAUCUGGAUCCAGCCGAUGGACCGUCGACCCGCUUGGCCAUCGGUGCUAUCUCGCUUGCAGCAUCUGCUAUGACUGCACUUCCACUUGCGGCGACAGCACUCCCUCUCUGGGCGUUGAGGGAAUUCCAUGCCACCAAAGACCGCGCUUCAAUUGCGGGCAUUCUCCUCGCGGAUAUGCUUGUACGUACCCGCGCCAAGCACAGCCGAGGAUUUGUGUUGAUGGGCCAUUCGCUCGGUGCUGACGUCAUCUACUGGGCCCUUCGCACACUGGGGUCCUGCCCACCUGGAACAAGACAGCCUAUUGUGCGCCAGGCGUAUUUGCUCGGUGCGGCUGUGGGGCGUACAAAUGCGCAGGGCUGGGAAGCUGCAGCUUCUGCUGUGUCCGGUCGUAUAUACAACUGCUACUCUGUAAACGAUAUGAUUCUGCGAGCAGCAUACUUGCCGGCGACUUUGCUUGGGAAAGAGCAAGAGCGAGAGCCCGCCGGGCUCGGGCCCAUACAAAGCUCCGCGGAGAACAUUGUCAACGUCGACGUCUCGGGCAUUGUGCAGGGACACAGCGAGUUCAAGGAGAAGCUUGUGGAGGUGCUGCAGCUUAUCCAUCACGACAAAGAAGGCCUAGAUCGAAAUGUCUGUUUGUGUUGCCGAGAGCCAUGCAACGUUCGCCUCGAUGAUGAUCCUCCGACGUAAAAUCGCUAUCGAAAUGGCACUUUGACUUUCAUACCUGCUGCCCAUGUUCGCGACUACGAGUACGUAUGCAUUUCAUUUUCAGGGUUGCCUGCAACUUCCGGGAAGUUUUCGAUUUUUGGCCUCUGUUUCUGAACUUUUCUUUCUUGUUUUUUUUUUUUUAGGUCUCCAUUUUUAUCAUUGCUCAGUAAGAUGUGUAUGUACCAGUUGCAUUUUGUUGAUCUGUCUGAUUUUUUUAAUCUGUCUGAUUUUUGUGACCUGUCUGAUUUUGUUGACUUGUCUGACUCCUUUUUUUAUGCUGCUGGGGUUCCUCCAGCGGCACCGCUGGUUUAAGGGCAGGUUAGUGUACUGCUGUGUGAGGGGGGUUGUGGAGGCACCUGCAUGCUUCUUUUGGGAUCCUCACACUAAUAUGUUCCUGGAUGCAUGUGAGUGUAAUCGCGGCCAGAUUCAAAAUAAAAGAAUGGUGUAUAUUGACAAUGGCAGUAAGGAGGCGAAAACUGAUCUCAUGCUUUACUCCUUAAAAGCAUCUGCACACUAAUACGUUCCUGGAUGCAUGUGAGCGUAAUCGUGCCCAGAUUCAAAAUGAAAGACGUGCUAGUGG